CGCCAGUACAGGAGACUUGCCUGACAGUUUUUCUUCCGACUACUGUCGAAGAAGAAUCAUGUUUCACGAGGAAGUAAUUUCAAGUGUUAAGUAAAUUCAGCAAUACAGUUUACAGCACGGUAAACUAAACUGUCGACAAUGCUGUCGUUGAACAAUUUGCGGAUUAUUUUCACAUCUCAUGGACUCCAGCAUUCACAUCAGUUAUGGAUGAACAAAGCAUGCCUAUCAAAGGUUUCAUCGUAUGUAACGUUAAACAAUUGCCUCACCUUCAACAGCAAUAAGGGCACAAGGCAAAGGAAUAGUUUGAGACUACUGAAAGAGAGAGAGUUAAAGUACACCACCAUUAUCAGUUCACAGAGGUUGUUCAGCACAACCCAUGUGAAACAGAACUGUUGGAAUUGCAGUCAACCUAUUGAAGAGACUCCAGCAUUCUUCUGUUUGUCUUGUAACGUUUUGCAACCUCCAGACGAGAGCGCGUCCUUCUUCCAGAUCAUGGAUUGUGACCAGACCUUUGCAAUCAACACUGAAAAGCUACAGAAAAGAUAUCUUCAUCUCCAACGUUCUUUACACCCAGACAACUUCAGCCAGAAGAAGGCGAAAGAACAGGAGUUUUCAGAGCAUCAGUCGGCUCUGGUGAAUAAAGCCUACAGGACCCUCCUCAAACCGCUGAGUCGUGGACUGUACAUGUUGGAGCUCCAGAGCAUGCACCUGGAGGAGGGGACGGACCCAGGAGCUGACCCCCAGCUCCUCCUGGAGCUGAUGGAGAUGAACGAGGCUCUUCAGGAGGCUCGGAGCCCGGAGGACGUGCACCCCAUCGGCCAGGCCACUAAAGAGAGAUUAAAAGACUUGACUGAACAGAUAGACACGUCGAUGAGGAAAGGAGAGCUUCAAACUGCUAAAGAACUUCUUAGCCAGAUGAAAUACUUUGCGAACAUUGAAGACAAGGUGAAAGAAAAACUUUCAGAGCUCAUGUAAACAGUUUGGGCUCCUUCUUCCAUUUGCAUGACGUAAAAAAAAAAUCCUAUAGACAAUUGAAGACAUUGCUGUGUAUAUUUUAAUAGUUGACUUUAAAGUUUAUUGUAAAUAAAAUGUUAAAAACCCAAGCCCCAUUUUAUACUCUGUGGGACAAUAAAGUUAUUCUUAAUUUUAAUCUAUAAUCUUAAUAUAUAUAUUCACAGAUGCUUCUUUUGUAAAUAAUUUAAAAAAAUAAAGUGGUACAUUGUACGAUGUGAUAC